GCGCGGGAAGCGGCAGGCGGCUGCUGCGCUGCCCGCUGGCGGCCUACAACGCCGCGGUGGCCGCCGCCGGGUAUAGGCCGCCCGAGCCCUGCUCCGAGGAGCCGGCGCUCGCGCGCCUGGCCAGCCUGGGCCUGCCGUGCUGCGGGGAGCUGCAGCAGGAGCUCUGGAGGGGCUUCGGCUGGGGCUCGCCCUGGCCCGUGGAGUGCGAUG